AAAGACUGCGGUAGAUUGGAACCACCUUGAUAAUAACACCGCAUGCGCACAGCCUACAUCGAAACAGGCCCUGCACUGUAUAGAAGCAGAAGCAGAAGUGGCAUUUUUAUAAUGUAUUAUAGAAUGACUUAAAGAAAUAACAACUUAUUUACACCAAAUGCUUUACUCCAAAUAUGAGUGGACCCGAGAGUGAUAACAUAAGUUCCAAUCUUUGUAACGUGGAGUACAAUGUAGAUAUGGAGGUUUUCUCGGGCCGGUCCAGUCCGACAUGGACGGUGGACACACGCAGUCCGGUGUACGACCGUCUCUCCAGGCUGCUAGGUCGAGCCCGACCCACGAGAAUGCUUGAAACGCUUGGUUACCGUGGUUUCGAAGUCGAGGUUCGUGACCCGCUCGGACAGCGCCGCUACAUGACGGUGGGAGCCGGGAGUAGCCCCGCCCUAGAGCUGUUGCUACUCAACUCCUCGCCGCAACCGCUAGAAGGCGCUGUGCGGCAGACGGUCAUGGACUCCAUUAGACGUACGAACACCCCGAUAGAACCGGUGUCGCUUGAACUCGGUUAUUUCAAUGAUCUCGACGAUGCUCCGGUUUGCGUUCUCCCGACCUUUGACCCGAUGCUCUGGAACCGCCACCCUACUGUACGCCUCAACAACUGCUACAACUACGCCACCCAGCGACAAACAAACACGUUCGCGCAACCAGGACGCGCCACUGGACUAAAAUACACUAAGCCCGUGGACGCGAGCGAUGUUAUCUUCGCCACCAUUCGGGACGGAUUCAUGCCCGUACCAUACUUCCACUGGGGCACUUGCGUGAUUGCACUGACGGUCUGGCCCGGCGUGGAUUAUCACUACUACAGGCUAGAUAACAAUAUGCUCUGGUCCCACAAAACCGGUAAAAACUACGUGAGAAACACAGAUAACAGCGGCCAGCUGAUCUCGGACCCACGCACUGCCGACAGGGGUCAAUAUGUCGUCUUUGCUGGCUAUUUUCUCAACCACCCCCUUGCAAUCGUGGACUAGGUCCGUAUUCAUAAAGCUUCUUAGGGACAUAUGAUAUGUGUUGCUUUCAUAAAAAUAUAAGUUGGCGGCAUCUAUUUAUAUUGUAAUUAAUUUCGCACUAUGGACUAGUUUCAUGAUGAUUGCCGCACAAGAAUGUAAAUUUUUUAUCUGAAAUUCGCACAAUUUAGUACAACUUCUAUUUAUAUUACGCUAAGGUACUUUUUGAAUACCGACUCUGACCUUCAUGCUGCACUCUUGAACUCAUCAAGCACUCCUACCAGACAAUAUGGAACCUAUUAUCGACCGAGCGGUCAGAAAAUUACUGAAUGCAUAUGCUUGAAAUGAGCAUCGUUAGGGGGG